AUGGCUGGGCCACGGCUUCGGGGCUACCUCGCUGGACCUCUCCUGCUGCUGCUGUGGCUGUUGGCCCAGGCCCUGGCAGAAGGACCCCUGGUGUUCGUGGCUCUGGUGUUCCGCCAUGGUGACCGGGCUCCGUUGGCAUCCUACCCGACGGACCCGCACAAGGAGGCGGCCCCCACCCUGUGGCCGCGCGGUCUGGGCCAGCUGACCAGGGAGGGGGUCCGCCAGCAGCUGGAGCUGGGCCGCUUCUUGAGGAGCCGCUACAAGACUUUUCUGAGCCCUGAGUACUGGAGGGAGGAGGUGUACAUUCGCAGCACGGACUUUGACCGGACGCUGGAGAGCGCUCAGGCCAACCUGGCCGGGCUCUUUCCCGAGGCUGCCCCGGGGACCCCCGAGUCCAGCUGGCGGCCAAUCCCUGUACACACAGUGCCUGUCACCGAGGACAAGCUGCUGAGGUUCCCCAUGCGCAGCUGUCCCCGCUACCAAGAGCUGCUUCGAGAGACCAAGGAGGCGGCUGAGUACCAGGCAGCCCUGGAGGGCUGGACGGACUUCCUGACGCGCCUGGGCAACUCCACGGGGCUGUCGCUGGUCGGCGAACCGCUCCGCAGAGCAUGGAAGGUUCUGGACACGCUGUUCUGCCAGCGAGCCCAUGGUCUUCCACUCCCAUCCUGGGCCUCCCCGGAUGUCCUGCAAACUCUCACUCAGAUCUCAGCUUUGGAUAUCGGGGCCCAUGUGGGCCCACCCCGGGCAGCAGAGAAGGCCCAGCUGACAGGGGGGAUCCUGCUGGAUGCUAUCCUCGCCAACUUCUCUCGGGUUCAGCACCUGGGGCUGCCCCUCAAGAUGGUUAUAUAUUCAGCUCACGACAGCACCCUGCUGGCCCUCCAGGGAGCCCUGGGCCUCUAUGACGGCCACACCCCACCGUACGCUGCCUGCCUUGGCUUCGAGUUCCAGAGGCACCUUAGGGACCCAGACGAAGACGGAGGGAAUGUCACCAUCUCCCUUUUCUACCGCAACGACUCCUCUCGUCCGCCCCUGACCCUCAGCCUCCCUGGGUGCACGGACCCUUGCCCAUUAGGCCGCUUCCACCAGCUGACAGCCCCAGCACGGCCCCCGGCCCAUGGGAUCCCCUGCUACAGCCUCCAUGAGCUUGCCACCCCUGCAGCCACCGCGAUGCCCCUGAUGGCUGGAGCUGUGGCCGUGCUAGCGGCCGUCAGCAUGGGGCUGGGCCUGCUGGCCUGGAGACCAGGCUGCCUGAGGGCCUGGGGGGGCCCUGUGUGAGCCGAACCCUGGGUAAUCCCAACCUCACCCCCUUACAGCUGACACCCGAUCCCAACAUGACUGCUCACUGCUCCUUGGGCUCCUGUGAUUUACUGUGUGCAACUGUGUGUGGGGAACGGGAGAGCCAGGCCUGCAGCCGGGAGGGCACC